AUGGCAAUCAUCACCUCCUUUCCUGGCCUUUCUGUCACCGUCGAGGUUGAAGGUAAGGCGGCUUCGGAAUUCCACCACCCCAUUCGCGAAUGCGGCGCCUCGACAAAAUUGGAGCGAGAGGACUUUGACCUUCCUCCGGAUCAUAAAGGCCGGCUGCCCCAUGUGGUUCGGUAUAUCGAGGGAACACCAGGUGAAAAAUUCGAAGUUGUGAUUGUCAAAGAACCCAACUUUCCAGAGCGAGGCCACCACUUGGGCUACAAGCUCUACAUUGAUGGCAAAGAGGCUGGUAAAGAUCAACAUCAUCCCGGAUACCCAGCUAGUCAAUGGACGUCGAGAGUUUCUGGGUUCAUCUCUGGCAACCCAACUAAUGGGUAUCGGGAGCACAGCUUUCGGUUCAAGGAUCUUCAAUUGACGGACGAAAACAUUUCGGACGAAGACCUUCGACGUCAAACUUCGCUAGCGGCAGACUAUGGGAGGUUGAUUGUUUAUGUCUAUAACAUGAAUGAGAGCGGGUGGAAGCAUUCAUGUCGAACUUACGACGAAACCCCGGAGAUCAGGGACCCCAAGUUUUCAGAGCAAGCUCUGAAAGGGUCAAUGCUAGAUUGCGUGGUAAUUGAAACUUCCCACCCGAUAGAUCCCCCAGCACCUGAGAAAUGCCGCGAGUGGAACCACAGCGACCCGGCAAAACUCCCCUUUGCUGUGUUCGAGUUCAUCUAUCGAACGAGAACUUUACUCUCAGCCAUGACACCGCAGCCCGACACGAAGCACUCUGCCAGUGAGAAUAACUUACACAACACAUGUGGGACGGCCGGGGAGCGUGGCUCGGGGCCGAUGCCCGCUGUUGAGCUUAGACAGCGGUACAAGGUGCAUCGGGCGGGAGACGGACGCGAGACGUAUGAGAGGUUGUAG